GAGGAAGAGCGUUUUUUUUUUUUUUUUGAAACUUGGUUAUUUUAUUCUUGCAUAUGCAUAAAAAUAGUAUUUUCUAACAUGUAAAAUAAAAAUAUUUUAAUUUUUUUAUUGAUCGAUGAUUUUUAAGACAAAGAGUUGAAAAAUAAUCACGUUAUCACAUGGAUUAUUCAGCUAAAUAUCACAUGUGUGUGUCCAGAAAUCAGAAUCAGAAUCAGGAAUCAGCAUCGCUAUCUCCAAAACCAUAGUUGUUUGUUUGUAGUUUUUCUGUCUCAUCUUCCUUUCCUUUUGCGAACGAACAAGUUUGACUUUUCCUAUUUUUUCUCUUCUUCAAGUCAAAAUAAUCCCAACAAGAUAUUCUCAACUCAACAGUAUACAUUGUUGACUUUUAGAGAAUCUCUACACUGACCAACAUGAGUGUAGAUCUGAAGAAAACUGCCUCUAAUGGCAAUGAGAAAAUGUUAAUAACACAAGAACAGCAGGGAAAGAUCAAUGAGGUGAGAAGGUUAAUCGGGCCACUGUCUGGUAAGGCAUUCGUUUAUUGUUCUGACACAUCCAUCACAAGGUAUUUAAGGGCACGAAAUUGGAAUGUCAAGAAGGCGGCUAAAAUGUUGAAGCAGACACUUAAAUGGAGAGAAGAAUAUAAACCAGAAGAGAUCCGCUGGGAAGAUAUUGCUCAAGAAGCAGAGACCGGAAAGAUCUACAGAUCAAAUUAUAUUGACAAGCAUGGGAGAACAGUACUUGUAAUGAGACCUGCUCGUCAGAAUUCGAAGUCAACAAAAGGACAAAUUAAGUAUUUGGUGUACUGCAUGGAGAAUGCUAUUUUAAAUCUUUCACCAGAACAGGAACAGAUGGUCUGGCUGAUUGAUUUCCAGGGUUUCAAUAUGUCACACAUAUCUAUCAAAGUGACACGCGAAACUGCCCAUGUAUUACAAGACCAUUAUCCUGAACGGCUGGGUCUGGCAAUACUAUACAAUCCACCUAAAAUCUUCGAACCAUUCUUCACGAUGGUAAAGCCCAUAUUAGAGACCAAGACUUAUAACAAAGUCAAGUUCGGUUAUUCCGAUGAUCAGAAUACCAAGAAGAUUAUGGAGGAUUUGUUUGAUUUAGAGCAUCUUGAAUCUGCUUUCGGUGGGAAUGAUAAUACACCAUUUGACAUAAAUAAAUAUGCUGAGAGAAUGAAAGAAGAUGAUAAGAAGAUUCCUUCUUUCUGGACAAGGGAAAUCUCACCAUCUUCAGUCCCAAUUGAUGUUCCUUCUUUAGAUUCGAUUAAAUUAGACACAGAUUCUGAUGCCUCUGACAAUGAGAAAAUAGUUUCUUCUUCUGACUCAGUUACUGAUACUGGCUCCGUCGACCCUGAUCAAAACUCAGUUAUUCAAGAGGAUCGGAAUACGAGUGCUGCUAUGCAUUAGAACGAGAAAUUAUAAAACUCAGCGCCUCUGAAAUUAUAUAUAGGCACUGAGGUAAUACAAUGUUGUGAAAUUAUUUUCUUGCUUGAAAUUUAGAAUCAAGAGACUUAUUGUUAACUUGAUGUUGGCUUUAAGAUGACAGAUGAUUUUACUUAUUGGAUUAAAGUUCUAACCUUGUGAUAGGCAUGGAAUGCUUUUGAUAAUAUUUAUCUGCUUUCUGCCCUCAUGAAUGGUUCAUAAUGGUGGUUCUCUCUA